CGUUACUAUGGCAACGCCCUUAUCGGCACGUGAAUAUACCACGCCUCGUUUAUUUUCUCGUGAACGUUACCAUGACAUUGUCAACGUUAUUCCUUGGCCGUGUGUGGAAGUGUAAACGCGAGAUUGAAGUGAAACUGGAAAAAUAUGUUCUGGGGUGUCAGCCCUGCCCUCGAUCUUCAGCAAGAAUACCUCAGAUAUGGCGACGAAAACGCUUAUGAACUUAAUUUCCUCGUCAUCGGAGGAUGCGAUGGUCGGCAUCUAUUGAAAACCAUGGCUCAAGCUUAUCGUCACACCAGGCGUUACAUGAACAUCUUCGUCAUCGAUGGUUGCUCCGAACUCAUCGCCAGGCAACUGCUGCUAAUGUCCCUGGCCUUGGAAAAGACAACAAGGGUAGGCUUACUAGAAAAGACGAGACGAUGGCUGGAGGUCUACGGAAAUAUCCUUCUGAGGCCACCCACAUCCAGAUAUCUUAUAGCAAAAGCUCGUCAACUUGAAAGUAUGAUUACAAACCCAGAUUAUAUGAAUUGCCUGCUGCCCUGCGUUUCGAUCGAUCAAAUGAAAUACAGAGAGCGAGACUAUUUGGAGAGUCUAUUCAACUUUUGGACUACAGGCAAUACGAAUCAGUUCAACGCUGUCGAGCUGUGGGAACACCGGAUAAGACACAGUCUUGGAGUGAGAUAUGACAACAGGGCUGGCGUAUUCGAUUGGGAUUACCACAUGCGUUUGAAAGAGAAUGCUAGUCAGAUAUGCUUUCAAGAGUACAAGCAUUUUAGAGAGCAUGGGGUAGCCUUCACAUGGCUGGAGUCUGAAGUGUGCAGACCGAAUGUGAGUUUGGCAGCGGGCGUGUGUAAAUGCGGCGACAGAUAUCUCCAUCGGGGUUAUCUGGGUGACAUAGUGUCCCCACCUUACGUAGCAUUUGGUUUGGAUUGUGACGAUAAAGACAUGCUGCAGUCGUCGCACGGUACGAAUUACAAAAGGGCGACUGACGUGUCUGAACGUAACGUGAUGCGAAUGUUGUACGAGUUAGAGAAUCGCCAGAAAUUCGACAUUUGCGCUAUGAAUUUGGAGAAAGAUAAGAAUUUAGGAAUGAUGGUGAUGGGCCAGUUCGACGCGAAGAUGUCUGAAUGUGGCCCGGAGGUACCGCUGCUCCUUCGCGAAGAUCGGAAUACUUAUCUAGACGUGGAUUAUGGCAAGAUCCACUUUUUGUCACUUUCAGCUUUGGAGCACUAUCCUCAUAAGCCACAGUUCCAAGGUUUGUUUCAUGGGGUGUAUCUUGGACAUAAUAUGGUAUCACGCCUACGACCGAGCGUCUGGUCGAUGGCUCGCGAUGACGCUAUAGUGAUCAUGGAGUCACGCAACCACAUGGUAGAACUGAAGAGGGAUGAUGUGAAGGCAUAUGGAGACCAGAUCGCGCAAGUAGCCACUGCUGCUCAAUGCGAAAAAGUAUGCUCUUUCGACCCGGAGAAUGACGAUUUUGCCAAAUUUUUAAUUAAAAGGAGAAGUGAAAGUGCUGAAGUAACCGUUUAAACAAUAAAAAAAGCUAUAAUAAUUGAAAUGUGCACCAGUCGUUUAAAUUUUCCUGUUUUUUUUUUCAUAAAAAUACAAAUU